CAGAGGUCACGCGUCCCGCUCCGACCAAUAGGCGCGCGGCUUGGGAUCGAGCCCCGCCGCGCUGGGCUGCUCUGGGGCAGUCGGACUCCGCGCGGGCAGGGGACGUUUCGGGCGAACUGGUCCGUGAGCGAGACAAGGCCAUGGAGCACGAAGUCCAGCGGGUUCGCAACGCAUUCCUGUCCGGCCGGUCGCGACCUCUGAGGUUCCGGCUGCAGCAGCUGGAGGCCCUGCGCAGGAUGGUGCUGGAGCGCGAAAAGGAUAUCUUAGCGGCCAUCGCCUCCGACUUGUGCAAGAGUGAAUUUAAUGCAUACAGUCAGGAAGUUGUUACCAUUCUUGGGGAAAUUGAUCUCGUGCUGGAGAAGCUUCCUGAAUGGGUUACUGCUGAACCAGCCAAGAAGAACCUGCUCACCAUGCUAGAUGAGGCCUAUGUUCAACCAGAGCCCCUGGGAGUUGUACUGAUCAUAGGAGCUUGGAACUACCCCUUGGUUCUCACCAUUCAGCCACUAAUAGGAGCCAUUGCUGCAGGAAAUGCUGUGAUUCUGAAGCCUUCUGAACUAAGUGAAAAUACAGCCAAGAUCUUGGCUAAGCUCCUCCCCCAGUAUUUAGAUCAGGACCUGUAUGUUGUUGUUAAUGGUGGUGUGGAGGAAACCACGGAGCUUCUGAAGCAGCGAUUUGAUUACAUUCUCUAUACGGGAAGCACUGCAGUUGGAAAAAUUGUUAUGACAGCUGCUGCCAAGCAUCUGACCCCUGUGACUCUUGAACUGGGAGGGAAGAGUCCGUGUUACAUUGACAAAGACUGUGAUCUGGACAUCGCCUGCAGACGCAUAACCUGGGGGAAGUACCUGAACUGCGGUCAAACCUGCAUUGCUCCUGACUACGUUCUCUGUGAACCAUCUCUCCAGAAUCAAAUCGUACAGAAGAUUAAGGAAACUGUGAAGGAAUUUUAUGGAGAAAAUGUAAAAGAAUCCCCGGAUUAUGAAAGGAUCAUCAAUCUUCGUCAUUUUAAGAGGAUACUAAGUUUGCUUGAAGGACAAAAGAUAGCUUUUGGUGGGGAGACUGAUGAGGCCACCCGCUACAUAGCCCCAACAGUACUUACUGACGUUGAUCCUGAAACUAAGGUGAUGCAAGAAGAAAUUUUUGGACCAAUUCUUCCAAUAGUGCCUGUAAAGAAUGCAGAUGAAGCUAUCAAAUUCAUAAAUGAACGUGAAAAGCCCUUGGCUAUAUAUGUGUUUUCUCAUAACAAUAAGCUCAUCAAACGGAUGAUUGAUAGCACAUCCAGUGGUGGUGUCACCGUCAAUGACGUUAUCAUGCACUUCAUGCUUAGUUCUUUGCCGUUUGGAGGAGUGGGUUCGAGUGGGAUGGGAGCUUACCACGGAAAAUAUAGUUUUGAUACUUUUUCUCAUCAACGUCCCUGUUUAUUAAAAAGUUUAAAGAGAGAAGGUGCCAACAAACUGAGAUACCCUCCCAACAGCCAGUCAAAGGUGGAUUGGACAAAAUUUUUUCUCUUGAAACGAUUCAGCAAAGGAAAAUUUAGUCUCCUAUUCCUCGCUUUCCUAGGCAUUGUGGCCGCUCUGCUUGUCAAGGCUGGAUACUACUGAAGAAUGAUCCAGUUCAACCUCCUAAUUGCCUCUACUGAAUUAUUCCUCUAUUAAAUAGUUAAGGAACCAGUAAUUUUAAUGUCCUACCAAAAAUAGUAAAAUAUGCACCAUAAUUAACCCUAAAAGUCACUGGCAGGCACCUUUAAUAAAACUUGUCAUUUCAGCCAAAUCCCAACAUUGCCCACUAAUGAGGAUACUCAGAGAACCUGUUCUUGAUUGUGUUACCCAGAUUUCAGAGCUUUGGGCUAGGGGAAGAGAAGGUCGCAGGCUAAACCCUCAUACCCUGGGAGAUGUAAAGAAGUCUCAGCCUGCUCAGUGACUUCCUCACUACAGUUCAUGGGACGUAGGACACCAAGUGUCAUCUGUCAUUCUUAUGAUGUAGCAGUUGUAGAAUUCUGCAUCUUAUAAAACCUGACUGAUGUUUUUAAAAUGUAAUAGAAGUACUGCACUUACAACAAUACGUAUCCUGUCUCAGGAUCCUAAAGUUGAAAGUUAGUGGAUCUCCAAGGAUAAAUCUUUAAGUUUUUUGUUUCUGUGGCACAAUGCAAGUAAAUUUCACUCUUUUAAACUUCAGAGAGACCCCUUUCGGAAUAAAUUCAACCUACAAAACUUAACAUGGGGAAACCAUUUCCUGUGUGUCAUGGAUAAGAGGCUUUGGAUACUCAGGACUUUGGAGCUUGAGAGCCUCACGGGGCGGAUGGUGGAUCAUUUGGAGAAAUCUGCAGAAGGUCUCUCAGCCAUAGCAGUUGGCCAUGUUGAAGAGGAUGGAGAACAUAGGAAGAAGGUCUCCUGGGCAUGGCCAAGACCUCAGGUCCUCUAGCUAGUGUGCAAGUGCUAAAGGAGAGCCCAGUGGAAUGUGGCCUCCCUGCUCAGCAGUGUUCUCUGACUGGUGGCCAAUCCUCCCUCCCAUUUGAAAACAAACUCGGCCCACUCAACGAGACAAUAUAAUUCACUUUAUAGAAUGUAUCAUCGGCUUUGUUGAAUGAAUUUGUUCCAUUAAGGCUGUCUGAAGUAUGUCUUUAUCACAGGAUGAGGUGUCAAGAAUUAAUCACUACACUAGGGAAAAGCUGCUUAAACUAUGGCUGUAACUAUCAGAAUAAUCCAUCAUAAAAUGUCUUAGACAAAAUUUCAAUAUGGCAUUUUCAUUUAGUAUAUUGUACAUUCUAAUUUCUAGUUAAACUUACUGAUUUGUAUAUUCUACUUCAAAAUAAAUACAUUAUAUUUGAUAAAA